AUGUAUACGGGCACAGACUGUCAGCUGUGCCAGGUGAUGCAGCAGCAAAUCACCAAAGCGUCGGAAGAACUGCCGAUCCAACUGUCGACGUACAAUAUUCGGGACGACAGUCUGCCAGACGUGCAUGCAUGGAGACGCAAGUAUCAGUACGAUAUUCCCGUUCUGCACUUGAACGAUAAAGAGAUCUUUCGACAUCGCGUGACAGCGCAGCAGCUGAUUCAACGGCUGCAGCAAGAAUCGGAGGAUGCGAAUGGCAAUUCACAGUGA